AUGGUUGGUAUGGCAAUGGGAUACCUUCUUCUUCGAAUCAAGAAACAGAGUUUCAAAUUGCAUCCGUCUGUUGUGAUUAUAGGAUGGUGUGCGGCUACAGCCAUCGGAAUGGCCUGUGUGUAUGGGCUGUAUGGAGGUUACAACAACCACCCACUGAGUCCAACAGAGAAUGCAGUCUACAUGGCUCUGUGUCGGUUCGCUUGGGCAGUCAGUCUCUCUUGGGUCGUGUUUGCCUGUCACUAUGGAUACGGAGGUUGGAUCAACGACUUCCUGAGUUGGGAGCUGUGGAUACCAAUGAGCCGUCUGACCUAUUCUGCAUAUCUUCUACAUCCUAUCAUUAUUACGAUCUACAUCAGCAACUUUGCUACCAACUACUUCUUCUCCAUCUAUAUGCUUGCAUUUGAGGUUGCAGCCAUCAUUACUCUGGCCUACACUGCUGCGAUCCUACUGGCAGUAUCCAUAGAGUUUCCUUUUGGAAACCUGGAAAAAAUGUUGGUGCCAUCACCAGAUAAGAAGACAAAAUAGCAGCUGUAUAAACUUAUGUACAAUGUAUAUCGUGGUUGAGUUUUAAUUGUGUAUCACUUACAAGUACUUGUAAGAAGAGAAAAUGACAGACAGAAAGAAAAGUGGCAAAUUCAGGGGGCAUUUAGGGCACAUGCCGCCCCCCCCCCCCCAAAAAAAAAAGAGGGAAAAGAAAUGAGAAAGAAAAGACAUGGGCUGAUGACCCCUCUUGUCAGAGAUUGCUAUAUACAAAAUAGGCCCACCAUAAUCCUGAUAACCUUUUUAUUUCCUCAUUUUUGUUGCGCGUGUGUCACCAAGUUUUUGGACAUA